AUGGCGCCAGAGGUUAUACUUGCUCAGGAUUCUGGAAUUUACGAUGAACGUGCUGAUAUUUGGUCCUUUGGUAUAACUUGUAUCGAACUUGCCGAAUUAAAGCCUCCAUUUUUGGACAUGAAUGUUGGUAGUGACUAUUCUAAUCAUUAUUUUUUUAAUCUAGACUUAAUGUCAGACAUUUUUUUGUUCAUAUGUGUUUUUAAGGCUUAUUCUGCCAUGUAUCACAUUGCUCAAAAUGAUCCUCCUUUUCUACAGCCAAUUGAUGACCCAGAACUUUCUCCUUGGUCGGAAGAUUUUCAUUCUUUUGUUGAACAGUGCCUUCGAAAAGAUCCUCAACAACGACUUUCUACAAAUGCUUGUUUAGCUCAUCCGUUUAUAACUUGUGAAAAGCCUCCGAAUGUAAUAAUGAAUUUAAUAAAUCGUAUUAAAAAUGCCGUAAAAGAGCAAGAUCAUUCGCAAUAUGGCAGAUUGCGGCGUCUUAUUUGUAUGGACGCUAAUGGUCAUUUAAAUGAAGAAAAUGUUGAAGGUGUUGAGACGCAAAAUGAGGAUAUUUCUAUUACUUCCGAAGAUGACAUUAAUCAUCAACGACAACAACAAUCAAAUAAAUUAGAAGAAAUUAAAGAAGAAAAUGAUGAAAAACAAGAUAAUCAACAUUUGCAACAUCAAUUAAGUAUUAAUAACAGAACAAUAAUUAGUUUAAAUGGAACAGAUUCAUUGCCUUCUUCUGAACCUGAACAUCAACAACAACAAAUAUUGACACCUUCUGGUAUAUUAAGUUUGCAUUCUACUAAUUUUGAUCAACAACAAGUCAAGGAUGAUAUCAAUACUCUUCGUCGUUCCAAAUUUUCUACACUUAGGACUACAAAAAUUAUUGCUCGUGAACUUCAAGAAUAUCAAGCAGAUAAUUUAUAUGAACAAAUGUGUGGUUAUAAACGUUUAAGGCAACAACACCAUAAAGAAUUAAAACAAUUAGAAGAACGUUGUAGUAAUGAUGCUGACAAUCAAAGGUUAAAAUUAGAUAGAGAACGUGAACAAUUAGAAGGAAAUUGUCAAAGAGAAACUGAAAAAGUACGAACACAGAUUCAAUUAGAAUUGGAACGGCGUAGACGAGAAAAUGAAGAAGAAUCAAGAAAAACAAAUAAAACUAGGGAAGCAACUUUAAAACAUGACUUGAAGAGUUAUGUAGCGGCGCAAAAGAAGGAAUAUAAGUUCAAUAAAGAACGAUGUAAAAUGGAACUUAAAAGUCAAGGUCUUCCAAAAAAUGCUUAUGAAGUAGCGUUGAAAGCAGCAAAGGUUCGCCUUAACGAAAUCAAACAACAUGUUGAACGAAAAUUUGCUGAUGAACAAAGUUUUAUUUUACAAAAAGAGCUUAAAGAAUUAAAUAAGCAACAAUUAUUGCGCUUUCACAAUCUUGAAACUCAACUCACAAAUAAUGAAUUAAAUAUUCGUGCACGUCAAUUAGAUACUUUACAUGCUCUUUUAAAUAAACAUCAUGAAAUUAUUAAAUCUUUGGAAUUUUCUCAUUUUAAUUUAAUUGAACAAAUGAAAAGACGUCAUUUAGAAGCACAACAUGAAGCAGAAUUGUCAAGUCAACGGGAUUAUAAUAAAAGAGCUCUUGAAGAAAAAACUAAAGAACAUGCUAUGCAAUCAAAACAACAACCAAGAGAAUUAAAAGCUAAAGAAGCUAUAAUUCGCAAACAAUUUCGUUUAGCAGUCAAAAUCCAAUCAAGACAAUUUAAAGCAUAUCAGGCACAUAUGUUACAACUAGUUCCUAAAGAAGAGCACAAGGAAUUACAUAUUCGUUUAAAAGAAGAACAAAAUAGAAAAAUUGCAGCUCUAGCUGAUCAAUAUGAAUUAACUAUUGAAAAAAUGGUUACAGAACAAACGGUUAAAUUAGAUUCACAACAAGAAGAGGAUCUUCGUUUAUUAACAGAGAAACUUAAUAAAGAAUUAAGUUUACUGACAGAUUAUCAAGAACGACAAAAAGCUUCUUUAUAUGCUCAAAUUGAACGCGAACGUGUUCAACUACAAGAUAGGCUUAAUUUACGGUUGGCUGUUGUUCAACAAAAGAUUAAUGACGAUAAAUCCUUCUUUGAUCGUACAUGUGAAAAACGACUUUCACAAUUACAAAAGAAGCAAAUUGCUGAAUUGGAGCUUUUUUCUGCUGCUAAUAAUACAGAAGGAGAAAAUGCUUCAACAACAACAGCAAGAUUAUCAAUUGAACGUAGUAUUAGUAGUAAUAUAAAUAAAGAAAAUUCUUCGUCUUCUUGUAAUACUUCACAACCAGGAACACCAAAAAAAAGUCCUAGCAACGAAGAAAAAAAUAAUCAUUUUGUUGGAUCAUCAAAUGUUGUUGUUAAUUUAAAUGGUGCUAAUGGUAAUAUUAUUAUUAAUAAAGAGGUUUUAUGCUCUACAAGUAGUAAUAAUAAAAAUGCUAGUAUUCCAACUGAAGAUAAUCUUAAUGUUGAAUUAAGAAGGUGUACGUUUACUAAUCUUUGA